ACAUGCUAUUUAUAACAACCAAUACAGAGCAAUGUUUGUUUUCAAUUGCACUGUUGACUGGUCAGAAGGUUUGAAAUUCCCCACCAAAGGACAAAAGAAAAAGGAAUUCCUCAAGAACAAAAGGAAGAACAAAUACAGAAAGGAGCAAGGUGCCAGAGAGUCUGAGGAACCUAUAGUGGAGGGAAUGGAAUCCUCAGAAAAAGGCAGGGAGGUUGAGUCAUCCAUGCAGCCUGAGAACAGCAUGGAUUUUCAACAAAGAAAUAGUAAGGCCAGUCAUCAGGCACUUGAAGGUGGUGGCAUAAUAGAACCAUUGCAAGCAGAGAAGUCUAUUCCUGAGGGCAGUAAGAGUAUCCUGUCAAAGGACAUGUUAGAAAGGGCAGUAGGAGAAGGAGAGGGUUCCUGUCGCACCAAAACUAACACACCCAAGAAAGUCUCCUUUGAAACUGAUGGUAGUGAUGAAAUCUUCCAUCCAGUAAUGUGCAAUAUUUGUAAUACAAAAGUUGCUGUGUAUGAUAAGGAUGAAGUUUAUCAUUUUUUCAAUGUUGUGACAAGUUAUUAAGCCAUGCUACAUAUUUUCUGUGAAUGAAAAAUCUGUUUUUUUUUUUUUUUUUAAUGUAAUCCCCAGAAAAGAUCAAUUAUAUAACCUUAGUUUGGCAGAUGUAACCAGGUGGUCCAUGUAUUGUAUGUUUUAUAGUUGUGCCCUUUACAGUAUGAUUAAAAUAAGAUAUUUUUUCAACACACCUUAUCAUGGUAAAAAAUACCCUGUAAUGACAAUUGUCUGAUUAUAUUAUCUAUCAAAAAUGAGAUGGCCAGAUUCUGUAACUAUUAUUAACCCAAUGGUGCCGGCAAAAAGCUGUGCUCAUUUUAGAAUUUUUUCUGCAUGUGCUUAACCACAAAGGAGUCAGUUUGUAGACCUUGUGACUUUAUCUGAUUUCAACUUUCCUUGAAUUCACAGAAAGCAAUUUUUUUUUUUUCUUUCUUUCUUUCUUCCCAAUGCUGUCUGUUGAUAGUGUUAUUAUUAUAGACAUUAUAAUUACUAUAAUGUUAUCAACAUUAGUAACAGCAAUAUAAGAUACCAUAAACUAUUUUUGAUAACCAAGGAAAAGAGUAAACAGGUGAGACAGGUAGUACUCAUUAGCUCAUUGGUGAUUUAGUACAAGUGGAACCAUCUAUGUAUAAAAACGAUUAAUAAGAUAAACUAACAGUGAGCAUGACAUAUACGUACUUGCCGUGCUUGUUAGCUUUGGGUUAAUGGUUUGGAUACAGAACUCUCAGUCUCAUACUAAUAUGUUCAUCUUCUUAUCUUUCUAUUUGUAAAACUGCUUAAAAGUUAUAAGUGAUUUUAAAAUGUUGACCUUUA